CCCAUUCCCUUCCCUCGCACACAAACACAGACAGUCCUCGCCCUUGGUCCUCGCUACCAAGAGUGGUGUUGGUGUUUCUCGCUCAAAUUUUGAUAAGUAAACAGCGCAAAAAUGAGGCAGUCGCACACGACUUGUAAGUGUCUUCGAUGCCGGACACCGUCCAGCGCUUAAUAACUCACCUUUCACAUGUGCAGAGCGAUGGCGACCGCAUGAACCGCAACAACAAAAACAGUCCGCGACCGAACAAGAAGUCAAAAAAGAACGACCAAGAGAAAGCGACCCGCGGCUCGGACCCUGCUGAUUCGGUCCACAAAAAGAACUUGUAUUUUGUUUCUUUCCCCGUUAUUAUUUUGUUUAACAUCCUCCGGACACUCAUCUACCAGUUGUACGUCAUCUUCGGCUACCUCUACUCAUCCACCUCGCGAAUAGUGUACAGGCCGCGCGCUGGCUCCCCGGUCGAGGUUGUGAUCCCUCGGGACCACCAGGACGACGACAGUCCUGAAGAGUACCCAGCCAUGUCGCUGCCCAAGCAGCCCUCGGGCCCAGGGCCUGGCGACCCCCUGCUGGCCAAGCAGAAGCACCACCACCGCCGGGCCUUUGAGUACAUCUCCAAGGCGCUCAAGUUCGACGAGGAGAACGAAGGUCAGAAAGAAAUGGCCGUUGAGCUUUACAAGAAAGGAAUCGCCGAGCUGGAAAAAGGAAUCGCGAUCGAGUGUUCCGGCAAAGGCGAGGUUUGGGAACGCGCCCAGAGACUGCAGAGCAAAAUGAAGACCAACUUGGAGAUGGCGAAAGACCGCCUUGACUUUCUCGAGCAAAUAGUUAUGCUGGGUCACUUGGCUGUGACUGACGACCCGGAAGCUGUUGCUUCAAGAAAGCAGCCCCUCAAAAGGCCCACCUCUUUCCCUCGCAGGCCCUCGGCCCCUCAGCAGCUGCUGGUUGCAGGAACAACCCGCAUUGCAGCCGAGCCCAGGUCACCUCGCACCCCUCCUGCCAGACCCACCCCCCUGAAGUCGCAACCCAGUUCCCCUGCCGAAGCUUCUGGAAGAAGGGUGAACGCGGCCGGGCGCAAAAACAUUCCAGGCAUGGCUGCAAGAAGCAACACGCUGCCUCGCAAUCUGGGAUCUCGUCAACCCGUCUACACCAACGGUGCUGGCACAAACAAUGCACCUACCAAGCACAAGCCUUACUCAACACCACCCCCUAUGAAAAGACAACUUUCGGGCCCAUCACAUUCGCCCGGCCGUCGUCCAAGUGGAGGCAGUGGUGCCUCGGGUCGAGUAGCGGCUGCCAGGAAAACAUCCCUGAAAGGUGUGGACCCGAAAUUGGCUCAACUAAUUCUAGACGAAAUUCUGGAGGGCGGGCCUCCUGUCGAGUGGGAUGACAUUGCUGGUCAAGAUUCGGCCAAGCAGGCCCUGCAGGAAAUGGUGGUGCUGCCUGCUCUGCGCCCUGAACUCUUCACAGGCCUCAGAGCCCCUGCCCGAGGCCUCCUUUUGUUUGGACCGCCGGGCAACGGCAAGACUCUGCUGGCCAGAGCCGUGGCUGCCGAGUGCAGCGCCACCUUCUUCAGCAUCAGCGCUGCCAGUUUGACCUCAAAGUUUGUUGGUGAAGGGGAAAAAUUGGUCAGAGCCCUUUUUGCUGUCGCCAGAGAGCUGCAGCCCUCGAUUAUUUUUGUGGACGAAGUUGACUCGUUGCUGUCAGAACGUAGAGAGGGAGAACAUGAAGCAAGUAGGAGGCUGAAAACGGAGUUCCUUGUUGAAUUUGACGGACUGCCCUCAAGCACUGAGGACAAAGUUCUGGUCAUGGCUGCUACCAACAGACCUCAAGAGUUAGACGAGGCGGCACUGAGGAGAUUUUCGAAACGAGUUUAUGUGACUCUUCCUGGGCCAGAGACUCGCAUGGCUCUUCUAGGAAGGCUUUUAGCAAAGCAAGGUUCUCCUCUUUCAGAACAAGACCUUGCACAACUUGCUCAUCUCACUGAGGGUUACUCUGGCAGUGACCUCACAGCUUUAGCUAAAGAUGCUGCCCUUGGGCCAAUUAGAGAAUUAGACCCAGAUCAAGUGAGAUGCAUGGAUCCUAGGUUCAUGAGGAAUAUCAUCCUUAAAGAUUUUACCGAGUCGCUGAAAAGAAUCAGGAAGAGCGUCUCCCCCUUGAGUCUGGUGCAUUACCAAAAGUGGAAUGCAGACUAUGGAGAUGUCAGCUUUUAGAAUCUGCAGUGAUUUCCAGUUAAUAAUUUUUUUUCUGGAAUACUUGCCACUGGAUUUUAUUUAUAAGAUGAUAUUAUAUGGCCAUAGAUGCAGCAAAGAAUGUAAAAUAAAUUUCAAUUUGGUUCCGCAGAAAAAUUGGUCAAUUGCAAAGUUUUCACACCAACUUAUUUUUUUAUUUCUCUUGGAUGUGUUGGAUGUUGAACAUAUCUGUGAGAAAAACAGCAUUCACCUAAUAUCUGCUGAUCGAAGCCCAAGGUUGCAGUAACUAGUCCACAUUCAUUAUGUAAUAAAAUGUCGUGGCCCAAGAAAAGUGACGAAAACUAAAGUUCUGCAAUUAAUCUCGAUUUUUGUAUCAAGCUUGUUUGAGAAAUCUUGGUCUGUUAAUUGAAUUUGCUGUUAUUUAUAGAACUCAAUUUUGCACAUUCGUCCAUCUUCAGAGCUACAAAUAUAUAAUGCUAACAAAAAAUUUUUCUUAUGCCGAGGUUGUGAGGUUUAAUAUAUAUAUAGUCAUUCUUCUUUCUGGCUAUCCAAUAAAGAUAGGCUUCUUUUUCUAUCCUGCUCCAAUGUUCAGGUAUCGCGUUUAAAUCUUCUUUUAAUUUUGGGCACCUGAAUAGGUGCUCUUUGUCUUGAUUUUCUAAAAAACAUAGUUUGCAAGUUGCUACUGGCUCUUUUACAAUGCUAACAAAAAUUGUUGAGUCACAAAGGCAAAAACGAUUCUGACAAAAGAUGAACAAUUUCAUCCACGCUUUUCCAUGUGCCAUUUAGAGGACCUUAAUUAUAUUUAAGUUCUGUUCAAAGGCCAUACAUUCCAUUAACUAGAACGGGCGGUGCUGCGCGGUAAAAUCGUCGGAAAUUUUUCGCAUACUGGAUAGUAUUAUAGUUUUAUAUAUAAAUAACAAAGUAAGAGUGAUUUUUUAUUUUUGGUUUAUAUUGAAAUUAAAUCAUACCUUCCUUUUUUAUUUGAUCUAGAGUUAAAUUAAUAUUUUCAGUUUGGAUAAAUUUAAUAGAGGCAAAGACUUUGACAGCAACCCCCAGUUGCAACUUGUAGGGUGUUACUGCUACUAACUAUUAUUCUGUAGGACACAGGGACACACUGUACUGUUCACUGCUCAGGGUGUAUCAUCUCAUCAUCAGUGCCCUUCUUCCAAUCAUCAGCUACGGAACAUUAAGUAUGGUUUUUAUGUGAAGAAAAAAUAUUUGGAAAGCUAGGUUAUCAAUAAAAAGUAA